GUCAGACCAUCUCUAAACAACAGUACAGUAGCAAGUUGAGCUCUGCCUGCAAGUAAAUAUUAAAAAUGAGUCAGAUGAAGAAGAUCAUGAAGAGGAUGAAGGUGAAAAAUGAACUGGCACGACAGAUUAUGGGAGAGAUCUUGGGCACUUUUGUUCUUCUGUUGUUUGGUUGUGCUGCAGCGGCUCAGGUGAAAACCAGCAGAGAAACAAAGGGGCAGUUUCUGUCUGGUAACAUCGCCUUCUCGGUAGGUGUCAUGUCUGCCAUGUACCUCUGCAGGGCAGUAUCAGGAGCUCAUCUAAACCCAGCUGUGUCUCUGAGUUUCUGUGUAUUGGGAGACCUGGCCUGGAUAAAGCUGCUACCAUAUUCUCUCGCUCAAAUUUUAGGGGCUUACCUUGCUUCAGGGCUUGUCUAUCUCAUCUACCAUGAUGCCAUCAUGGAAUUCAGUGGUGGAGUUCUGACCGUAUUUGGCCCUAAUGAAACAGCCAGUAUCUUCGCCACUUACCCAACUGAUGUAGUAUCAGUGCAGACCAAUUUCCUGGAUCAGGUGGUUGGCACAGCCAUGCUGAUGCUGUGCAUUUUGCCUUUGAAUGAUAAGAGAAACGCCCCAGCUCCUGAAGCGCUGCUCCCGCCCAUUGUAGCAACUGUUGUUCUUGGGAUUUCCAUCUCAAUGUCGGCUAAUUGUGGAGCAGCCAUAAAUCCAGCACGUGAUCUUGGUCCACGACUCUUCACCUUUACAGCAGGCUGGGGCACUGAAGUCUUUACGUGCUAUGACUACUUCUUUUGGAUCCCAUUGGUGGCUCCUAUGGUAGGGGGUGUCCUGGGCUCCAUCAUUUAUUUGGUUUUCAUCCAGUGGCAUCUGCCUGAGCUUGAAGAUGAAUCUGAAUCUGGGGAGAUGAAUGAUCAAACAAAAGUCAUGGAGCACAACAACAAAAAAGAUGAGAUAUACCUUAAAAUGUCUUCAAUUUAAAAAGUCUGGAAAAUGUUUAAUUUUCCUAACACAUUUCCAGAUUUAUUUCCCCGCGUUUACCCAUUAUUCCUGGACUGCUUUAUACUGUAAAUGUAGAAAAUAGGGAAAGGCCACAACAUAAAAAAUGGGGAAAUGUACUCAAGAUGGACUUUAAAAGCUUUUACAGCAGAUGGAAAAACUUUACACAUUAUUUAUUACCAUUUCUGUCUCUUUCUUUCCCUUUUAAGACUGGGACUUUAUUUUAUAUUUAAAAAAACCUUCACAUUGUCCACUAUUUCUCAACUGUGAAUAUAUUUUUUUGUAUAUAGUAUGUACAGUAUUUUAGCUAUUUUUAAUGUGACUCUUACUGUACUGGUGGUAGCCAGACAUUUAGUUCUUACCCACACACACAUACACAAUUUAGAUCCCCGUUUAUUAUAAUAUUAGAAAGAUUUAAUAUCACCACAAUAAAUGCUCAUAUUUGUU